UAGAACCUCCUCUCGCCACUCAACGAAUAGAGCUAACCUGCUAUAUAGAGGUGCUAGAGGCACUACGACGUUCGUGAAAUUGUUCGCGAUAAAUAAGCCCCAGAAUAGCGCUCUCGGGCACGUACGUGUAGUGGUGGUGUUCGAGAGUCUAAGCUGCUCGAUCAGGUGUUGGAGACAUGGCGGAGCCGAGGCGCACGCGGCCGUCAACGUUCCGGUGCAUCGCGGCGGCGCUGCUGGCGCUGGUGGUCGUCGUCGCCAUCGUCGUCAUACUCUGGCUCGUGCUCCACCCGUCGAAGCUCCACUUCUCCGUCGACCACGCCGCCUCGACGGGGUUCAACAUCACGGCCGCGGGCGCGCUCACGGGCGCCUUCGACCUCACCCUGCGCUCCUGCAACUGGAACGAGCGCGCCGCCGUGUCGUUCCACUCGCUGCAGGUAGGGGUGUGGUGCAGCGGCGCGUACAUCGCGGGCGCCGUGGCCCCGGGGUUCCUCCAGCCGCCGGAGAACGAGACGAGGAUCGACGUCGUCGCGCAGGCCGCCUCGACGGAGGUGCUGCCGCGGAACGUGGAGGCGUUGAUCAAGAAGGAUCGGACGGGCGGGAAGCUAAAAGUGGACGUGCACGUCCGCGCCAAGGUGCGGUUCCAGUACGGUGUGGUGAGGACUCGGCGGUACACCGUGCGCGCGAGCUGCCCGGCGGUGGCCAUCGACUUCGUGUCGCCGACCUCGUUCCAGCAGGUGUCCUGCCACGUGUAUAUCUGAGGUGCAGCCUGCGCGUAACGUACUUUUGUACGUCAUAUGAUUCAUGGAAUUGACUGCAGAGUGUGGAUUGGUUAUUUGGUUUGAUUAUUGUGUUCUUUGGUUUUAUGACUUUGAUUAUAUUGGUUUGCUGCGUGACAUUUCUUUCACUUGUAUUCUUCAAUGUAAACUGAUUUUCAUGGAUUGUGUAAAUAUCUGUUGACAAUUUAAAUUGUAAAGCAUAAUAUUCAUCAAAG